AUGUCAAUAUUAUCAUCAUUAUUUCAAAUUGCUGGUAUAAUAUUAUUAGCUAUCGGUAGUUUAAGUUGUAUAUUAAAUUUAAUAGUAUUUACGAGCAACUCUUUACGAAAAAAUCCUUGUGCAAUGUGCUUUGUGGGUAUUAGCACUGUUGAUUUAUUAUACCUUUAUUUAGGUUUGCUUCCAACAAUACUUCAAAGUGGUUUUAAUAUCAAUCCUGGAACAAGCAAUAUUGUUUUCUGUCGAUGUUUUUAUUAUGUUGAUUUUAUUCUUAGUAUUCUAGGUCCAACUUAUCUAAUUAUCACAUCAAUUGAGCGAACAUUAGUCACUUCUCGAAAUGCAGGAAUACGAAAACGAAGUACAAGACGUUUAGUUCUUCUAUGUCUGAUCAGUUCAAUUUUGUUUUGGGCAUUAUUUCAAAUUCAUAUAUUUAUCUAUAUAAACAUCAUACAAAUUGCACCAAAUUACUUUUUAUGUUAUUAUCAAGCAGGAUUAUAUACAGCAUUCAUAACCUUUUAUUCACUUUUCAUUGUUGGAAUUACUCCACCGGUAUUAAUGGGAAUAUUUGGAUUUUUAACAUUAAGAAAUAUUCGUCAAGUCUCUCAAGUUAGACAUCAUUCUCAUACAUCAAUAAUUGAAACAAUAGCAGCAGGUAGACCACACGCAAUUCAUUCAAAAGAUCGUCAACUUAUUCGAAUAGUAUUCAUGGAAAUUAUGAUUUAUCUUAUUUCAAGAUUUCCAUCUACAAUUUUUCUUAUUUAUCAACAAAUUACUCAACAUGAAACGAAGAGUGAUGCGCAAAUAUCAAUUGAACAAUUCAUUGCAAAUAUAACAUAUUUCACAGGUUUUAUUGACUCGAGCAUCAGUUGUUACGCAAAUAUCCUUAUAUCAAAGAAUUUUCGUACAGAAUUAAAACGUAUUUUCCGAUGCCGUUGA